UAAUAAUCAUAACAUCGAAUCGAAUUUCAACACUGUAAACUAAGACGAUGUCGAUCGUUCGCAGGCCUAUCGCGGACAACGGAAACAGCAUCAUCCAUGUUAUCAACUACUGCUCGGCAUUCCAUGUCCACCGGUUUUCUCGUACGUUUUUUCCCAUUUCUUUGACAGAAUCUUGUUUCGGUAAGUCGUCAAGCGAUUCGAAUUAUUUCUGUAGCGUCUAAGGCAAAAGACGAGUACUGUUCCCCCGGCAGAUCUCAAAGCGCGAUUCGAAUGAAAUAGUUUUUUCUUUCGUUCGAUACGGUUUCGCCGUACGUUUGUCGUCUUGCGGUUCGUUUAGUGUUACGUUUUCGUCCGGACGGACGCGUCCGGCUUAUCGAUCUAACGUUCCCGACACGAAGCGCUGCCGGCGCACGUAGCAACGGCACAACCGUCAACGAUUCGUUCCGACGGACGGAGUCGAGUCCUUGGCGCGUCGAAAUGGAUCCGGAUUCGUUGGACUGGAUAUGGCAGGAUCUCGCGACGGCCGACAGCACGAAUGAACCAAAGGCGGACGUCGACAACGACGACGACGACUUCGACUUUGACUUCUGCAGGUCCGGCGACGAGGGCCGCGGGUCCGACGACGAUGACGUCAGCAGCGACUCGAGCGCGGGCUACACGUGGACGGCGGCUACGGAUACGAACACGAUGCGAGAGCUGCGCGAGCUCGUGGACGGCGUCGAGAAGGAAUUGAAGUCGAUGAGCUUCGUGAACGACUUGGACGCCGGCGACGGGUCCGCGACGUUGGUCGACUCCGAACACCUCGAGGAGGCCGAUCGCGAGUCCGACGACACGAGGUUUUACGUGGACGCGGUGGACGCGGUCCGGAGGAAGAUAUCGCAAGUCCGACUGGUGUGGGCGGACGCGGUGCAUCGAUGCACGACCGACGGGAAAAACGUACCGGAUUCUUUUGUAAAAACGACAAACAUCGAAAAAAUAGUGCUUUUGUAUGCCAGCAAUUUCAUCGAACAGUUCAAAAUGAAAUAUCCCAAUAGAAGACAGUUGAGUUUGGUACUAGAAAACGAAUGCGGCGUUCAGAAAUGCGUUUGUACUGCAAUUAAACCAUCUCGGUUAGUCUACCACGAUUUGGACGAUUUGAUCAGUUACAGUGAAUUUGUUGCCAAUUACAUAACGUAUAUCAAAUUGGAUGACCCAACAAAUGUGCCAAAGAAAAUUAUGUCUCCUUUGACGACACUGGAAAAUCAGACAGCUAAUUGUUUUGAGUUAGCAAUAUUAUUAGCAUCGUUCUUAAUUGGCUACGGAUAUAAUGCUUUUGUAGUACAAGGUUACGCUACGGAAAGCGUGUGUAACAACGAUUUGAGCAAAAUUAAGUUAGAUAUGUCAAAAUACGAUAGUAAACCUAAGCCUGAUGAAUCUGAUGAUGUUGAAGACGUCAACGACAUAUACGCAGUAGAUUUCGAGAUCGAUAUGUGCAGUGAAUUUGUAAAUCUUUUAAUCGAAGAGGAAAAAAAGAAAUCAAUUGUUGUAGAUGAAGUUAAAGAGAACAAUAUUGAUCGUUCUUCUGAUCUGCUGUACGGGAGACGGGUUCAUUGUUGGGUCAUGAUCAUACCACUGGAAGUUGAAGAUGAAAAAACAACCAAUAAUCCAUAUUUUAUUGAGCCUAGCGUGGGCGAGAGGAAAGAAAUUUCCGAUGAUAGUUAUAUCGGAAUCGAAUUUAUUUGGAAUCAUAAAAAUUAUUGGAUUAAUUUACAGUCCUUGAACAACGGAUGCACUGAGUAUAAAAUCGAUCUAACAAAUAAAAAAUGUUGGGAGCAAUUUUUGCCUGAUGAAACUCAAUAUCUUCAGAGAUCAACAUUGGAACGGAGGCAUUAUGAAAAUGAAAGCUCCAGAAAUGUGAUUAUGCCCAAUUCGUGGGUUAGCGUUUUAGAAGUUCCCAGAAACAAAUAUCUUAUGCUGUAUCCGAUGGGUAAGAAAAUGACGCGGUACAUGAAUGCGCUCAAAGAGUCGUAUGCUGAAUACAUUUUACCUGAUGGGUUGAUUGAGAGAAUAACAUUUUACGCCGAACCAGAGUACAAGAACAAGAUGUUUGUCAAGGAAUUUUAUAGACACAGGGUAGACAAAUUGAUCAGUCUCGAGAUAAGAUUCUCCGUUGAUAAAAAUGAAAUUGUUGAGUAUUUCAGCAGCGGCCGGAAAGAUUGUUUAAAAACACAUACAUUCAGUGGCGAAAUCAACAGUCUAGAUAGUGACCGUUCGUUUGUGUUUUAUAAUCUAAGACUUGAUUCGAUGAUCAAAUUAGAGAUCGACCAUAUUAGUUUCACAACGACGUUUAGCGACAGAUCAGACUUAUUGUUUUGGUGCAUGAGUGAAUUUGAAAAAUUAGAAAACAUGGAUGGUCAAGUCAUAAACUCGAAGAGGAAACCUAAAUUGAUAAUUGAAAAGUAUUUAAGAGACGAGUCUAAGCACAAAGAUCGAGAUAUCGCCACCAUACAUUAUGAUUUCGCGUUGAAUAAUAUUUUCGUGCAGUAUCAAUUUGGUGAAGGGCAGAUCACUCAAUCGAAGAGAUUGUUUAUAAAGCCGACUGUAGCAAAUAGCAAAGACUUCGACCCAGAAUCAGUUACUGAACACAUUGUUUAUCCGUACGAGGGCCAUCUGGAACCACACGAAUCGUAUACGUUGUUACAAGAGAUGUUAAAUGCAGAGAUCGAAGCCGUUCGAGCCAUUUCUAAAUUGGAAGACGAAGUUAUUGAAAUUCUGGAAAACCGUAGUCGAGAACGGUCGGAGUGUAAGUUGAAAAUUAACUCGUUGGACUGGGACCGAAAUUAUAAAACUAGAAAAUUGCUCCAAAUUAAAAAAGAUAAAAAACUCGCUGUUGUCGAACGAGAAAAUGCUGAGAAUAUAGAUUAUGCUUUACCGUAUCUUGAAUCUGGAAAAAUACCAUAUAAGUACGACAAAGUUUCAAAGAUCCGCGAUAAAGUCGUAAGCAAAUUUCGACAAAAUACCAUCAACCAGUUUAUACGAGUUAAAAAUUCGUUUUUAAAGAAAGAGUCCAAGAUGCGUUCAAUAACGAUGGCGCUAGAAAAAGAUAAUUUAAAUGUCGAACUUAAGAAUGAAAUGUUAAAACUAGGUUCGUCGAUGAAAAAUGAAUUAGAAGUGUUAACGUUAAAACUGCAAAGAUAUAAAGAAAUACGUGCCGAAAGAUACAACAAUUUAGUGAUGUACCUAAAUAGCAAACCCGAAUUCAAAAUGUUACCGCCUUUGAAAUUAUUGGAUUCAAAUGGGACAUGAUUAAUUCGACGAAUAAAAUAUAAAUUAAAAUAAAUUCAAGCAUUAUUAUUUGUUAAAUUGUUAUACAUAUAUGUAAAGGUCGGAUUUUUAUAACUUUACAUAUUUAUUUUUAGUCUAUGUAGUUAAAUGGGAAUGAGAUAUCUUUACGAUUCAUGAAACACAGAAUACACAGAAUAUAAUUAUUUUGCAUAAAAAAGCAUAUUUUAAGGCUUAGGGAAUAUUCAAUACGUUAGAGAAUAUUUGAGAGUUUUAUUUUUGUAAACACAUUAUAAUAAUUAUUUGUCUGCAAGUCCAUGCACGUAUUACGUAUAUUGGAAUUUUUAUAGUAUUUAUCAAUAUACACAAUAUUCACAAUAUGAGCUAUUUUUAUAUCCUUUUAAGUUGUUAUAAAAAUUAAUUACUAGACAUUAGGAGUGGUCGACGUACAGUUUAAAUUGGUAUUAAAACUAUUUUUUUUUUCACAAAUGUUAUU